AAGCUUUAGGGAAUUUUCUGUGUAAUGUACGACUCUUGUGUGCUUCCUGGUUGGAGCAUUGCCGUGGCUACUGUCACCACAGUGUUCUCUGCCGAGGCCAUUUGCAUAUUUUAUGACUGUGGGUGAAAGAGGACGGCAGACACAGGAGGACGGCAUGUGAGUGAGAAAUAAGAGAGAGGUAGUUCUCUCUUAGGUGAGGCAUAAGAGGCCCCGGCAGGUAAAAACUACUCCAUCCGUAGAAGCCCUAGGAUGUGCUGAUGGGUAAAGACCGCACAGCUUGGAGGGUUUAUUAAGUGGGCCAGUUGCCAUCGCGACACAUUGGCAAGAUAUUGCCAGGAAAAGCCAUAAUGGGUCUCCUGACGCAGUUCUCUCUGCUCCUGUGGAAGAACUUCACUCUCCGGAAGAGGCAAAAGGUGCGGCUGGUUGUGGAGCUGGUCUGGCCUCUGUUUCUCUUCUUCAUACUGGUGGGGGUGAGGACCACCAAUAAGCCAAUUCACAAAGACCAAUGCCACUAUCCAAACAAAGCCAUGCCAUCUGCUGGCGUACUGCCCUGGCUUCAAGGAAUUAUAUGCAACAUCGACAAUCCAUGUUUGAGCCACCCAACGCCAGGGGAGACACCAGGCCAAGUGAAUAACUUCAACAACUCCAUAAUUGCUGGAAUGUUGAUUGAGCUGCAGUCUGUGCUGGCAGACAGGUCUGUUCUCAGUAAGAUGCAGUUGCUGGCAGAUGAUGUUGACCAGUGGACUUCAGUGCUGUCUAAAGCGGGACUCGGAAAAGGGAAUCGGACUGUGAUCCUAAGACGUAUCCUACAAGACAGUGAAACCUUCAGCGCCCAUCUGACAGAGGAUUUGUCAGUUCCACCAGACGUAGUUCAAAGCCUCAUGGAUGCGAAGAUUCAGCUCGGUUCAACGACGGGCAUCCCAAGGCCUGACAAUGUGAGGAGCAUCUUGUGUGAGGGGACAGAUCUGGAUGACUAUGUCCAAUUUAGCAGCCAAGCUGAGAGGGAGGCUUUUCAAAAUGUCAGCUGCUCCCUCAGUCAACAGCAGCUGAUUAAAACCCAGCAAGUCCUUCUACAAAACGUGGACGUGAGGAAAGUGCUUUCAGAGAUCCCUUCAGCUGCGGACCUGAAUCCAGUGGACACAGAGGCACUAAUGAGAAAAACCAGUGCAGACGCACUGCCAUUGAUCGAGAAUGUGGUCAGGCUGCGGAACUCCAUGAACUUUAAGGCAGCAGAGUCCCUGGAUUUUCGGGAGGACAUGUUUGGGAGCGUCAACAUGCUGCUCUGUGGGAAGCAGCCUAACUACAAACUCACCAAGAUGACUUUCGGUUUUCCUUCAUCUACACAGAUGACUAACAAUAUGUCAGCUUCCAGCAUGGGCAACAGUUCCGAUGCCUUUUGUCAGAUUCUUGUCGACACCCUGGAGGGCACACCUGGUCUGCGCUACAUUUGGAGCACCUUCAAGCCAUUAUUGCAAGGGAAGGUCCUCUACACACCUGAUACACCUGCUGCUCGCCUCCUGGUGAAAGAAGCAAACAGCACUUUCAACUCCCUGGCCAUGUUAAAGGAGCUGGCAGAUUCUUGGGAUGAACUUGGCCCACGUGUCUGGGAUUUUCUGCAGAAUAGCACUCAAGUCAACACGUUGCGGGUGAGGCCCAACGAAGCAGAUCCACACCGAAUUACCGCUGUCCUGUUUUUUUUCUUUUUUUUCAUUUCGCUUAGGUUAUCUGAAAGGUUUUCUUCGUAAUUUCAAGGUAAAAGAGAAAAAAAGUGUACUUUUUUUGACACGAUAAAAAAA